AUGGUUAAAAACGAAGCUGAAUUCGCUGACAUUUUUGUGUGUGUAUUUGCUAAUUGUUUGCUGCUUCCUGAUCGGCGGGUUUAUCCUUCCCAGCGCCGGUCUCACCUGCUUUCCCCACGUUUGUUGCUUCGCACAGGCUCCCAUGAUUCGUUCAGCUACUGGGUAGAUGAGAAGUCCCCAGUGGGGCCCGACCAAACCGCAGCCAUCAAACGCCUGGCCAGGAUCUCCUUGGUGAAGAAGCUCAUGAAGAAGUGGUCUGUGACGCAGAACCUGACGUUCAGGGAGCAACUGGAAGCCGGCAUCCGCUACUUCGACCUGCGCGUGUCUUCCAAACCCGGGGAUGCCGACCAGGAGAUCUACUUCAUUCACGGACUUUUUGGCAUCAAGGUCUGGGACGGGCUGAUGGAGAUUGACUCAUUUCUCACCCAACACCCCCAAGAGAUUGUCUUCCUGGAUUUCAACCACUUCUACGCCAUGGAUGAGGCCCACCACAAACGCCUGGUUCUCCGGAUCCAGGAGGCCUUUGGAAACAAGCUGUGCUCUGCCUGCCGUGUGGAGAGCAUGACGCUGCGAGCCCUGUGGGAGAAGAAGUGCCAGGUUCUUAUUUUCUAUCACUGUCCCUUCUACAAGCAAUACCCCUUCCUGUGGCCCGGAAAGAAGAUCCCAGCACCCUGGGCGAACACCACAAGUGUGAGCAAACUCGUCCUCUUCUUGGAGACCACUCUGAGUGAGCGGGCCCCGCGCGGCUCCUUCCACGUCUCUCAAGCGAUUCUCACCCCCAGAGUGAAAACCAUCGCCCGAGGCCUGGUUGGUGGCCUCAAGAAUACUCUGGUUCAUAGGUAA